AUGAACCUGUGCGACUGUGGGCACAGCAUCGAGGAGGCCAUUUCUAAGCGUUGUAUAUACGAUUCACUGGUUACAGCUUGGCUACCCCCUCACUGCCGAGACGACGAACUGAGGGCAGAGUUCGAGAAAUCGGGUCCGUCACCUGAUAGAUCGUGGCCAUACUAUGCGGAUGCAAAUGCGAUCAUCCAGAUUGGAAAGACACAGGUUACACUUCUCGGAGACAGCAAAGGAAGCUUCUGGGGCCUGAGAGACUGGCAUAAUGCACAGUCCAUGUUCUAUUGGGAAAAAUAUAUACGAAUAAGGGAAACGGGGAUAGUGAUGGAACGGAGGUUUGAUAGUGUCGCUCAUGCGCGGCAUUGUAGGCGGCUGGUUAUGAACCCGAAGAUGUUUCACAAGCAGCUUUUGGAGGUACCCGUGAUGAUGAGCUCAGGAACCAAUGAAUUCGAAGGUGGAUAUGAGCACACACAUCACCAUGAGCAAGGCCAAACCCCGCAGGGAUGA